AUCAUUGAUAAAGAGGCCACAGAGUGAGGGACACAGGUAUAAAAUGACAUGAAGGAACAGAAGUCCUCAGUAAAAAGCUGUCCUACACAGAGGCACAAUGAAGGUAACAGCUGCAACCACGAUGGGCUCAGUGAAAUCAGCUGGACUGUCUUUUCUUCUGUUGUCUUUUUUUAUUUACAUAGCUGAUUCUUACCCCAACAUCGACAUAUCAAACAUGGGCUGCGAGGAGUGCACGCUGAGAAAGAACACUGUUUUCUCGAGGGAUCGUCCGGUCUACCAGUGCAUGGGCUGCUGCUUCUCCAGAGCGUACCCAACACCUCUCAAGGCCAUGAAGACGAUGACGAUCCCAAAGAACAUCACCUCUGAGGCAACAUGCUGUGUCGCAAAGCACAGCUAUGAGACAGAGGUGGCCGGCAUAAGAGUGAGAAACCACACAGACUGCCAUUGCAGCACCUGCUAUUUUCAUAAGAUAUGAAGAUGGGAACUGGAGACCAUUCUGCAGCACUCGGCUUGGCAAAAAAAUUUGCAUCUUUUAAUUUGCACGAGCUCAUUUCUGUUUUAAAAUUUAUGUCGCCAGAUAAUAUUUUUGUAGCAGUUUUGUGUCUGUGUAAUUAACCCACAACUAGAUAGAUGAAGUAUAUGAGUCACUGUAGAAUGAAAAGCAAUUAAAAUGUAUAACCCAGAUGUUGCAUUCUCAUGAAUGUGUCUUACAGUGAAAUGCAUGGGAUUAUGGUGUGUGUUGAGGGCAAUUAUUGGGUGUGUUUCAAAUUGCUUAGUUGCUUUGGAUAAAUAUGGUAAAUGGCAAAUGCAAUUGCAUAGCGCCUUUUUAGUCUUCACAGCCACAUUCAUAUACACAUUCACACUUGGCUUUAGCUACCAUACAAGGUGCCACCUGCUCACCUAAACAUUCACUCGCAAUCACACAUCAAUGGGCCAACAGGAGCAAUUUUGCAAUCAGUAUCCUGCCCAAGGGUACUUACACAUAGACUACAGGAGCUGUGGAUUGAACCGCUGAUCUUCCGACUAGGGGACGACCCACUCCAUCUCCUGAGCCACGGCUGUUCAGGCUCCUAUAUUAAUGUGUUUUAUAUAUUAUGUAAUAUAAGGAGUAGUUGCAUGAUUUACUGUCUGAAAGUGAAAGGCUUUGAAGUUGAUAUCAUGUUUCGAGGUAAAUGGUUUGUGCCAUGACAUAUCUGACUCUUCAGCCCAAACUGGCAGCUAAAAUACAUGUCAAGUAAGAAGCCAAUAAACGACAGAAUUGAAAUUGAAGCCAACAACAGAGAAUGUUCCAAAAAGGGAAAAUUCAGUUUUUUUAAACCUCUAAGAUUUUGUGAAGCUCAUGAU